CUGUUUGUUGUGUCACAGUACAAGAUCCUCGUCAGUCUGCUAGAGAACAACAUCCAUGUCCACGACCUCUUGACCUUCCAGCAGAUUACUGUGGUUUCCAAGGCCAGAGGGGCAACGCUCUUCGCCUGUGACCUGCAGCAGUCCCCCUCGGGAGAAGCCCAGCUGAGGAUGUGUGUUGCUGUGAAGAAGAAGCUUCAGCUGUACUACUGGAAGGACAGGGAGUUCUACGAGCUACAGGUGAGACGGGGAGUUCUACGAGCUACAGGGGACUUUGCUGCUCCAGACAUCCCGAAGUCCAUGGCCUGGUGUCAGAACUCCAUCUGUGUGGGCUUCAAGAGAGACUACUACCUCAUCCAGAUGGAUGGUCGUGGUUCCAUCAAGGAGCUCUUCCCCACGGGGAAGCAGCUGGAGCCCCUGGUGGCCCCCCUGGCUGAUGGGAAGGUGGCGGUGGGCCAGGAUGACCUCACGGUGGUGCUCAACGAGGAGGGGGUCUGCACUCAGAAGUAUGUUCUCAACUGGACCGACAUCCCCAUCGCAAUGGAACAUCAGUCCCCCUACAUCAUAGCUGUCCUGCCUCGCUAUGUGGAGAUCAGGACCUUUGAACCCAGACUGCUGGUCCAGAGUGUGGAGCUGCAGAGACCACGAUUCAUCACCUCAGCUGGGCCCAAUAUAGUGUACGUUGCCAGCAACCAUUUUGUCUGGCGCCUGGUGCCUGUGUCCAUCGCCAGUCAGAUCAGACAGUUACUCCAGGACAAGCAGUUUGAACUGGCCCUGCAACUGGCGAAUAUGAAGGAUGAUGUGGAAGGCGAUAAGCGACAGCAGAUUCACCACAUCCAGAAUCUCUAUGCCUUCAAUCUGUUCUGUCAGAAGAGGUUUGAUGACUCCAUGCAGGUGUUCGCUAAGCUCGGCACAGAUCCGACCCAUGUGAUUGGUCUGUAUCCCGACCUGCUCCCCGCUGACUACCGUAAACAGCUGCACUACCCCAACCCCCUGCCCAGUCUGUCUGGAGCAGAACUGGAGAAGGCUCACCUGGCGCUCAUAGACUACCUGACACAGAAACGCAGCCACCUGGUGAAGCACCUGAACGACUCUGAGCCGUCCACCCCGUCUCCCCUCAUGGAAGGGACUCCCACCAUCAAGAGCAGGAAGAAACUCCUGCAGAUCAUCGACACCACGCUGCUCAAAUGCUACCUGCAUACCAACGUGGCCCUGGUGUCCCCUCUGUUGCGUCUGGAUAAUAACCACUGUCACAUUGAGGAGAGUGAGUACAUCCUGAAGAAGGCCCACAAGUACAGCGAGCUCAUCAUCCUCUAUGAGAAGAAGGGCCUGCAUCAGAAAGCCCUACAGGUGUUGUUGGAUCAGUCCACCAAGGCUAACUCUCCUCUAAAGGGACAUGAGAGGACGGUGCAGUACCUCCAGAGACUGGGGAUGGAGAAUCUGGUCAUUAUCUUUGAGUUCUCUCCCUGGGUUCUGAAGAUCUGUCCUGAGGACGGACUCAAGAUCUUCACUGAGGACCUGACGGAGGUGGAGACCCUGCCCAGAGACAAGGUCCUGAACUUCCUGAAGGAGGGCUUUAAGGAGCUGGCUAUCCCCUACCUGGAGCACAUCGUACACGUCUGGGAGGAGACGGAGCCAGAGUUCCAUAACGUCCUCAUUCAGCUGUACCUGGAGAGGGUCCAGGGGCUCAUGAAGCAGUACCUCAACUCCCUGCCCGAGGGGGUUCCUGCAGUGGCUGCUGGGAAGGAGGAGGGGGACCUGGGAGAGUUUAGGAACAAGCUUCUAUGUUUCCUGGAGGUCUCUACCAGCUACGAGCCUGGAUGUCUUAUCGGUGACUUCCCCUUUGACGGUCUUCUGGAGGAGAGGGCCGUGCUGCUGGGUCGGAUGGGGAAACACGAACAGGCCCUCUACAUCUACGUACACGUCCUGAAGGACACUAACAUGGCAGAGGAGUACUGUCAUAGGCAUUAUGACAAAGAGACGGACAGAAGCCAAGAUGUGUACCUGUCUCUACUGCGCAUGUAUCUGUCCCCUCCUGACGGCCACUGUCUUGGGCCAAUCAAAAUGGAGCUGUUGGAGCCACAGGCCAAUCUAAUGGCAGCUCUACAUGUCCUGGAGCUGCACCACAGCAAGCUGAAUACAACUAAGGCCAUCGACCUGCUGCCAGCCAACACCCAGAUCAGACAGAUCCGUGUGUUCCUGGAGAGUGUUCUGGAGGAGAAGGCCCAGAGGAAACGCUUUGACCAGGUCCUCAAGAGUCUGCUGCAGGCCGAGUUCCUACGGGUCCAGGAGGAACGUAUCUUUCACCAACAGGUGAAGUGUAUCAUCACAGAGGAAAAGACCUGCAGGGUCUGUAAGAAGAAGAUAGGAAACAGUGCCUUCGCCAGGUAUCCCAACGGUGUUGUAGUUCAUUACUUCUGCUGUAAGGACCGAGGGGUGUGUCCUACGGAGCAGUGACACCGCGACCCCCCCCACCUGGACGCAAAGCACUCUGGGAUACUAACAGACCAGACCGCCGUGUACUGAAAUUACAGAAUAGUUCCCUCCUGUGGACUACAUGUUCGUAGCAGCACCCUGGAAGGCUGGUUUGAAACGCCGUCACAGCAGCUGGGAUAUUCGGGAGGAGAGGAGGACUCCAUAUCUGGAACUCUGGCUGCUUCUCUCUGGAACUCUGGCUGCUUCUCUCUGGAACUCUGGCUGCUUCUCUCUGGAACUCUGGCUGCUUCUCUCUGGAACUCUGGCUGCUUCUCUCUGGAACUCUGGCUGCUUCUCUCUGGAACUCUGGCUGCUUCUCUCUGGAACUCUGGCUGCUUCUCUCUGGGACUCUGGCUGCUUCUCUCUGGGACUCUGGCUGCUUCUCUCUGGGACUCUGGCUGCUUCUCUCUGGCUGCUUCUCUCUGGCUGCUUCUCUCUGGCUGCUUCUCUCUGGCUGCUUCUCUCUGGAACUGCUACCAGCUACCCAUUCUGCCCCACAACCCCAGCUACCUGCUAAACUACAGUACCUGUAGCUAUUCUACCAACUACUCUGCUACAGUGACUACUCUGCCCCCUCCCUCUCUCAUCCUCAGACUCUACUCAGUACGCUAUAUAGACUAACUCUUCUUCUCUGAUGCCUUGUGACUCUUAAGAAUGUCCUUAAAAGCAGCCAUUUUCUUUUCAGUUAGCCUGUGUUUCUAAGGGAAUGGUUGUCAGUUAGCGUGUGUUUCUGAGGGAAUGGUUUUCAGUUAGCGUGUGUUUCUGAGGGAAUGGUUUUCAGUUAGCGUGUGUUUCUGAGGGAAUGGUUUUCAGUUAGCGUGUGUUUCUGAGGGAAUGGUUGUCAGUUAGCGUGUGUUUCUGAGGGAAUGGUUGUCAGUUAGCGUGUGUUUCUGAGGGAAUGGUUUUCAGUUAGCGUGUGUUUCUGAGGGAAUGGUUUUCAGUUAGCGUGUGUUUCUGAGGGAAUGGUUUUCAGUUAGCGUGUGUUUCUGAGAGAAUGGUUUUCAGUUAGCGUGUGUUUCUGAGGGAAUGGUUGUCAGUUAGCGUGUGUUUCUGAGGGAAUGGUUGUCAGUUAGCGUGUGUUUCUGAGGGAAUGGUUUUCAGUUGGCGUGUGUUUUCUGAGGGAAUGGUUUUCAGUUGGCGUGUGUUUCUGAGGGAAUGGUUGUCAGUUAGCGUGUGUUUCUGAGGGAAUGGUUGUCAGUUAGCGUGUGUUUCUGAGGGAAUGGUUGUCAGUUAGCGUGUGUUUCUGAGGGAAUGGUUUUCAGUUAGCGUGUGUUUCUGAGGGAAUGGUUGUCAGUUAGCGUGUGUUUCUGAGGGAAUGGGUGAAAAAAACAGACUUCAGACUCCAUUUCUCGCAUGGUCCAUUUGCACAAACACAUUUUUCAGAUAUGCUGCAGCGGAUAACCUCUUCUGAAAACUCUUUUUUUUUUAGAUCAACCUGUAUUUGGAUGUAGAUCCACAGUUUCAAAAUGUGUCUUUAGUGAUUGAUACAAUAUAUUCAUUCAUUUUUGGGAAAAACCUGAAAGAAAAAUGAUGUCAGCAGCUCAGCCCAUGUUUCCUUAUUCCAGAAGUGAUCGGUGAAAUGAAAUGGUUCUGUCUUUAUCAUGAGUGUACGUCAGAUUGGAAGGAAAGUUAAGAUAUGGGGAUGAAUCCCAAAAUGGCACCCUAUUCCAUUUUAUAGUGCACUACUAUACAACCAGGGUUCUGAUGAAAAGUAGUGUACUACAUAGGGAAUAGGGUGCCAUUUUUGGGAUGCAUAUGCAUUAUAUAUGUCGCAGUUGUAUGCUCGCAACAUUGUAAAUAAAUACGUGCAGCAUCAACCAACCGUUCAUCUGGUUAUUGAAGGAGAUGUAGCUAGCUAUACUCAACCAACCGUUCAUCUGUUUAUUGAAGGAGAUGUAGCUAGCUAUACUCAACCAACUGUUCAUCUGGUUAUUGAAGGAGAUGUAGCUAGCUAUACUCAACCAACCGUUCAUCUGGUUAUUGAAGGAGAUGUAGCUAGCCAUACUCAACCAACCGUUCAUCUGGUUAUUGAAGGAGAUGUAGCUAGCUAUACUCAACCAACCUUUCAUCUGGUUAUUGAAGGAGAUGGAGCUAGCGACACUCAACCAACCGUUCAUCUGUUUGUUUUUGAGGAGUACAUUUGUACGGAAUGGGGUGAGUUUACGUUAGCUAGUUACACGCAAACAACCGGAAUUGGGGUGAGUUUACGUUAGCUAGCUACACUCAACCAACCGGAAUUGGGGUGAGUUUACGUUAGCUAGCUACACUCAACCAACCGGAAUUGGGGUGAGUUUACUUUAGCUAGCUACAGUCAACCAACCGGAAUGGGGUGAGUUUACGUUAGCUAGCUACACUCAACCAACUGGAAUGGGGUGAGUUUACGUUAGCUAGCUACAGUCAACCAACCGGAAUGGGGUGAGUUUACGUUAGCUAGCUACACUCAACCAACCGGAAUGGGGUGAGUUUACGUUAGCUAGCUACAGUCAACCAACCGGAAUGGGGUGAGUUUACGUUAGCUAGCUACAGUCAACCAACUGGAAUGGGGUGAGUUUACGUUAGCUAGCUAGAGUUUACAUUAGCUAGCUACACUCAACCAAUCGGAAUGGGGUGAGUUUACGUUAGCUAGCUACACUCAACCAACCGGAAUGGGGUGAGUUUACGUUAGCUAGCUACACUCAACCAACCGGAAUGGGUGAGUUUACGUUAGCUAGCUACACUCAACCAACCGGAAUGGGGUGAGUUUACGUUAGCUAGCUACACUCAACCAACCGGAAUGGGGUGAGUUUACGUUAGCUAGCUACACUCAACCAACCGGAAUGGGGUGAGUUUACGUUAGCUAGCUACAGUAUACUCAGUCUGUUGCACCAUCUCACCAUUUAACCUUCAAAACAUUGGUACCAUUAUAUAAAGAGUGAGAGAGAGAGAGUAUGAACAGUUUAUUGUUUAAGCUUUUUCUUAUUUUUUUUACUGAGCAAAUCAAACCGGUAUGUCAGUAUUGCAUGAAUUGAUUAAUAAACAUGACUUUACACUC